AUGAAACCAAAAACAACAUCAUCAAAUAAUUUCGAUCGACCAAAGUUACUUUUAUUUAAGUUUCUUGCUCAUCAAAUUCAUCCAUUUGCUUAUGCUGUAAAUACAUUUCUUCAACCAGCACUUGAUGAUUGUCAAGCAUUAUUACAUGAUAAUCCACAAGAUACAUUUAAUAUUUUAUUAUCACUUACACAAACAUUUAUACGUUUUGCACCUGAUACAGAAUUAAUCUAUGAUGAUAUACAACAAUUUGCUAGUAAACUUAAAAAUAGUAUUGAUGAAUGUUUUAUAUGGCUUGAUCCAGAUACUAUUCAACAUUCAUCACAAUUACUUGAAUCAAUUCGUCAUAAUCUUUUAUUUAUAAUUAAAUAUGAAAAUAAGGAGAAUAAUAUUUAUACAAAUAUGUAUAAAAAUAUGUCAAAAUUAACAAAUCUUCAAAAAAUUAAUUCAUUACCAACUGAAAUACAAAUUAUAUCAGCAAAUAAUAAUUUAGAUACAACAGUUCCAAUUGAAAAAAUGAAUAAAAAACAUACUGAAAUUAAAAUUAAUGAACACUCAGAUUUACACGAAUCUAAUGAAUAUGAUAAUACUACUAUGAAACAAAUAAUAACAAAUUCAGUUCCAUUUUCAUCUGUUAUGUCUACAAGUCAAAAUGAGAAAUGUUCAACAUUUAUUUUACCAUUACAAACAAAUCAAUCAGAAUCAUCUUCUCUAAUAUCAUAUCCAUCAACACAAAAUAAUAUUGUUUCAUCAAUGGCAACAUCAGUUACAACAAAACUUAUGAAUCAAAUGAAGAAUCUAUCAGUUAAUUCAGUGCCUAUUUCAACAACUACUAAUCAAUCAUCAUCAAAAACAAUAUCAAAUGUAUCAUAUCUAAGUGAAUAUGAAAUAACAGAUCCAACAAUAUUAUCUAAGAAAAAAUCCAUAGGAACUAUAGCUUCUUAUCCACCACGUAAUAUUUCAAUAACAACAACAGAUGUUAACAAUCAAAAUUUUUCAUCAAAAUUAAAUAUAAUUAAUAAAGAUGAAAAAAUUCGUACCUACGAAUGUAAUACACCUAGUUCAAUACUUCUAAAUGAUGAUCUUCUUCGAUCUGGUACGACAUCAAAUACAUAUUCUAUUUUUGAUGAUGAAUGGGAUAAUGAAGCAACUCGUCAAUAUUAUCUAAAUCAAAUUUCUAUUGAUCCUGCUGUAGCUGGGGCUAAUUGGCAUCCUGUUAAAGAAUGUCUUUCUAUUGUUAUGGAACAAUCACAUAUAAAUUAUACAACAGGAAAUAGUCAUUCACAUAUAACUGAUCGAUAUAUACGAGAAUUUGAAAAUAAACAAAAUCGACCUAUUUUAUAUGGUGAUCUCUGUAUGACAUAUGGUACACCACAAAAUAGUCCACAUGCUACUUGUUUACCAAUUGGAGUUGCCUUGUCAUAUGAUGAAUUAACAUUACUUUCAUGUGAUGUUCAUCGUAAUUCACAAAAUGUUCGUUUAUUUGAUAUUGAAACUGGUCGAUUAAAACAUACGAUUGCUAGUAAUCAGCAAAUGAAAUUUCAUCGUCCAAGUGCUGUAAUGAGUAAUGUACGUAAUAAUAUCUUAAUUGUCGAACGAGAUUAUAUUUUUAUAACUGAACCUGAUGGUCGUUUGAUUCAAACAAUUGGUCAUCGUUCUAUUAAACAAUUAUAUGGUAUUGCUGUAUUUCAUGAUCGUUAUUUAUUAACAAUUGAUUCAAAAUCAAUUGAUAAUCAAACACCUGAAAAUAGUCGUUUAUUAUUAUUUGAUCCAAAUAAUGGUCAAUUAGUAUUUGAACAAUCUAUUAAUAUUAAUCGAGAAUCAGAAGAUAUUUUAAAACAACAAUCUAUUAAUCAUAUUCAAGGAAAAAUUUUAUCUGAAACAACAAGUAAACCACGUUUUCUUACUGCAUAUAAUGAUAAUAUUUAUAUAGCUGAUCUUGGUCGUAGUUUAAUCUAUGGAACAACUCUUCGAAAUGGAUGUGAAUAUCAAUAUACAACUAUAUUUGGUGGUCAAGGACGAGCAAAUGGUGAAAUGACAGAUCCAUCUGGUUUAUUUAUUGAUACUGGUGGAAAUAUUAUAAGUGCUGAUAGUAAAAAUGAUCGAAUUCAAAUAUUUACAUCGGAUGGUGAAUAUAAAACAACAUUAAAAUUAAAUGAACGUAUAAAACGUCCAUCAGGUAUAUGUACAAAUCGUCUUGGUACGAAAUUUUAUAUUUCAUGUUAUCUAGCUGGAUGUGUACGAGCAUUUAAUAUAACUUAUUAG